AUGGCCGCGCAGGGCGCCGGUCGGCACCAGCGCCGGCAUCGGCGGAGCACCUCCACCGAGGGGCAGGUCGUCACGAUCUCGGUGGCGCUGGCAAAUGCUCGGCGGAGUCACGGGCUCUCGAAGUCGGUCUCGAAGUCGGUCUCGGCCGGGGCGCUCCGAGCACGCUUGGGGCCCGGCUCCGCGCCCCGCUGGGCGCGCGUCUUGAACGGUGUCCGUGUCAGCACGAUGGGCUCCAGCAGAGCAAGGAGCCGCGUCCGCUUUGCGGGCGGCCGUCGCCGCGUCCUCGCCAACCCGACGGAGCGCAGCGCGCGCGGCAGAUCCAUCCCGCACGACCGCAAGCGCCCCUCGGUGGCGAUGCGAGCGGUGCCGCUAUUGGCACCGAUCUGGCGCACCGCGACCACGUCGCUCACGGGGUUGCGAUCUACGCCGGAGCAAGCAAUCCACAGACCGUAUAUCGCCGGCGUUGCAUCGCUCACCGACGCGCUGCGGAGCAGGCCCCAACGCGACUUCUACACCAACGCCGACUCCUUCAGCAAGACCACCGUCGAGCGCGCUGCAUCGUGGCUUUCGCUGGCCGAGGGCGCCCACGCUGGAGUCGCCGAGCGCCGGUCUGCGGCCCGAAGACCCGCGGUCAAACUGAACACGGGCGACGGCGGCGGCAUCUGCUACAUCGACCAGACCGUCCCAGCGCGGACGCCCAACGACGGCGGCGCCCUGCCGCUGAAUAACGCCGAGCCCGUCCUCUCCGAGCCUGCGCGGUUCGCGGCGCAGCUCGCCGAGGCCCCGGCGCGCGUCGCCGAGCAGGGGGCCUGGGGGCCGCUGUACUUCGUCGCGGCGGCAGCCGUGGCCGAGAGCCUGACCUUCCCGGUGACCCCGGUGAUGCUGACGGCCGGCUACAUCUUCGGCCUGCAGCUCGGCGUCGCCGUGCUGCUGGCGUCUGCUGCGCGGCCAGCCUGCAGUUCCUGCUGUCCCGCACGCUGCUGCGCCCGAGCGUGGAGGAGCUGA